AUAUAAGAAGGAAGAAGAAGCAUGUGCUUGCUGCGGUAAAGCUGGGUAAACUAUGGAGCAUGUUUUAUUACAAAGUGAAGACGUCUACCCAGCGGUCGAUUUACGAACCACUGGCCUCCUUGAAGCCCUUGGGUUCAGCGGGAGCAGUGGAAAAGUAAACAUGUCCGCAAUAGACAUUAGUAAGAGGCGAUUGGAGGAUUGGUGGAAGAAAAGUAGGGAAACGACAAAAGACGGAGACGUACAAAAGCACAGUUCGCAAUAGGGGAUCAGAAAAUUUGGACGUGGUAGUUCAUAGUGUUUUUUUCUUUUUUCAUUGUUUAACCUAGGUAGGAUAUUAAGCAGCAUAGUAGCAAGAGAUUGGUGGCGCGACCCACCGCCCCGUUUCAAAGAGGACGCUCAUAACAUCCAUCCACCCAUCCAUCCAUCCAUAGACGGUGGCGCCAGAUUUCCCUCUAGGUGUAUAGUAAUUCGAUGUUUUUUGAUACCGGAUUUGGUGUGUGCUGCUGGUGGUUUCUGCAAUUUCCAAGACCAGUGCUCCCUACCUCGUGUGCAGCAUGACAAGCCAUUGAAGCAUUCCAGCUGUCCAGCAAAUGCAGAUGGUGCAGUUACAUGAAGGAUACCACCCCGCUGUAACUCCUGUGUCUAUGAGAUGGAUAAACUGUGACCUGAAAUGCUCACCAGGAUCCAUGCCGGCCAGCGUGUGUUUGAAUUCCAUUUGUGCCUUUGGAACUGUUCAUGAACGUUCAAGCUGAAGCAACACCUGUACACUCACAAAGCCAGAAGGCCAUUUCAGUGCCCUCGGAGAUUUUUACAAAACGUUAACCUAAAGCAACAUCUGUGCAUCAACAGAAGAGAAAUGCCAUUUCAUUGCUAUUUAUGCCCUCAGAGCUUCUCACGAAUGAGUGCUCUCAAGGACCACUUGUGCACCCACACAGGUGAGAAGCCAUUUCAGUGCCCUUCAUGCCGUCAAAGUUUCUCACAAAAGAUUCAUCUGAACCGGCACUUGCGCACCCACACAGGCGAGAGGCCGUUUCAGUGCGCUUUGUGUCCUCUAAGCUUCUCACGAAAGGAUACUCUGAACUCGCAUCUGCGCACCCACACAGGCGAGAAGCCAUUUCAGUGCCCUUCAUGCCCUCAGAGCUUCUCACAAAAGCGUACUCUGAACCACCACCUGCGCACCCACACAGGCGAGAAUCCAUUUCAAUGCCCUUCAUGCCUUCAGAGCUUCUCACAGAAGAGUGAUCUGAACCGACACCUGCACACCCACACAAGCGAGAAUCCAUUUCGAUGCCCUUUAUGCCUGCAGAGCUUCUCACAGAAGAGUGAUCUGAACCAACACCUGCACACCCACGCAAGCGAAAAGCCAUUUCAGUGCCCUUUGUGCUCUCAGAGAUUAUCACAGAAGAGUGAGCUGAACCAGCACCUGCGCACGCACACAGGCGAGAAGCCAUUUCAAUGCCCUUGGUGCCCUCAGAGCUUCUCACAUAAGAGUACUCUGAACCAACACCUACGCCGCCACACAGGCGAGAAGCCAUUUCAGUGCCCUUCAUGCCCUCAGAGGUUCUCACAUAAGUGUACUCUGAACCGACACCUACAAACCCACACCGGAGAGAAACCAUUUAAGUGCCCUUUAUGCCCUCAGAGAUUUUCACAGAAUUAUCUGAACCGGCACCUGCGCACCCACACAGGCGAGAAGCCAUUUCAAUGCCCUUCGUGCCCUCAGAGAUUCUUACAAAAGAGUGGUCUGAAACAACACCUACGCACCCACACAGGCGAGAAGCCAUUUCAAUGCCCUUCGUGCCCUCAGAGAUUCUCAUGUAAGCGUGUUCUGAACCGACACCUGCAUGCCCACACAGGAGAAGCCGUUUCAGUGCCCUUUAUGCCCUCAAAGCUUCUCACACGAGUCGAUAUGGAAGGUUCACCUGCAGUUCCACUAAUGUGAGAGGCUGUUUCAGAGCCGUUCCUGUCCUGAGAACUUCUUGUGGAAGUCUAUUAAACCAACAGCCACGCAUCCAUACAGGUGGGCGGCCAUUAGUGCCCUGCACGCCCCCAUCAAUCCUCAAAAGUCCUUACUGAAGGAUCACGUGUGCAUCCACUCGGCAAGAGGCCAUGUCAGUGCUCUUCAUAUACUCGGAGGUACUAAGUUUGCACUGAACUUCACUUCCACUAUUGUGAGAGGCAGAUUCAGGGCCCUUCAUGUCCUGAGAACUUGUCAUGGAAGUCUGCACUGAACCGACGCCUGCUCGUCCACACAAAGUCCGUGGUGAAGGAUCACCUGUGUAUCCAUCAGGGAGACGCCACGUCAGGGCUCUUCAUGGCCUCGGAGUUACUUGCAGAAGUUCGCACUGAACUGACACAUGCACAACCCACAUACUCGAGAGGUCGUUUCAGUGCCACUUAUACUGUCAAACCGUUGGACACAAAAGCCGCCUCAAUAGGCAUCUUGCCACUACAAGUGCACCUGACACAUGCAAUGCAGCAGCGCUGAGUUGUGUGCACUCCUCAUUGUUCCUUCUUGCUUUUCAUGUUUUCCUUAGUUUUUUUCAUGGAAUCACAGCGUAUGUGUACGCCUGUAGUUCUAUACUAGCAAGAAUCAUUGCAAGUCUUCACUUUUCAUUAUUAUGAUGUUUAAGCUCUUUGUCUUGCAGACAAGUACUUCUUUCUGCAUUCAAGCGUUUAACUGCUCUUUACUAAAUGAGUUGUGUGAGUUCGUUUCAGUGCACUAAAUAGAAUUUGGGAUUGGGUUUUGCUAAUUAUAGAUACCGUAUUUAUUCGCGUAUAACCCGCACCAAAAUGUGAAAAAACGCGUUUAAAAAGUGGGGGUGCGGGUUAUCUGCGAAUUUUUUCCUUGGGAGGGGGGGGGGGGGUCGGCUUCACCGCAAUGUGCGGCGGCCUCCCCGUGUAGUCCGCCAUCCCCAUCGUCAUCGACGCUUGUCAAGCCGAUGAAGGGCCAACGAAAGGCCAGCAUUGUUGAGCCUCGCGUUAGGCGCUGUUUAGUGUACUUACCCCAGUUUGCACUGUUUGCCUGCUUUGUUUUGGCAUCAUGAGUGCGACUCGACGGCAGUGU